AGAUGCCACCUAAGGUUGACCCCACCGAAAUCAAGAUCAUCACUCUCCGUGCCACCGGUGGUGAAGUCGGUGCUUCCAGUGCCCUCGCUCCCAAGAUCGGUCCCCUCGGUCUCUCCCCCAAGAAGGUCGGAGAAGACAUUGCCAAGGGUACUGCUGACUGGAAGGGUCUCCGUGUCACCGUUCAGUUGACCAUUCAGAACCGUCAGGCUCAGGUUUCCGUUGUUCCCUCCGCCUCUUCCUUGGUCAUCAGAGCUCUUAAGGAGCCCCCGCGUGACCGCAAGAAGGAGAAGAACGUCAAGCACUCUGGUAACAUCUCUCUCGAUGACGUUAUUGAGAUCGCCCGUACCAUGCGCUACAAGUCCCUCGCUCGUGAGCUUAAGGGUACUGUCAAGGAAAUCCUUGGUACUGCUUUCUCCGUUGGCUGCACUGUCGAUGGUCAAAACCCCAAGGAUCUUGGUGAUGCCAUCGAUGCCGGUGAAGUCGAAGUCCCC